AUGGACAUCUCACUUCGAACUCAUAAUCGCUAUGUUGGCCAGCACAUUUCAAAACUUGUCGCAUCCACGAUGUGCGAGAUUGAGGGCUCCCUGCCGCCCUACGCAGUUGACAAAGCAACAAUUACAAGCAAGCAAAGUCUUAUUUGUGCUAGUGUCUUUACGAAUUUCCUGUCACUGGAAGCGCAUUGCCGCGUCUACAGAAAUUAUCGAACACAUUUACAUCAGACCACCCCGGUGUCUAGCCAUGGCAAGUGUUCAUCAAAAUUGACGUCGGCUCCCAGCACGCUAGACUUGACAAAAUAUCACUGUCGCACCAAGGAUUCGGUCGAGGCUGUUCUCGAAGCUGAAAUAGACGGAGUUGUCGAGGUAGCCGCACAAUUUUCCCCGAGAAACAAACCAUUAGUGCUGUCGAUUGGGUCAAGUCCAACAGCGCAUUUGAUUCAGUCUGUCAAAGAUAAAAUACCUACGGGGUUUGUUCUAGAGUUACUUACGGGGAACUUUCUUGCAAAUGAUUUACAACAGCUGUGUACUGGAAUGGUGAAGAAGGAACAGCUAGCUACGCGGGUCCUAGCUGAAGUGUGCAGUGUGUAUAUGGAGCUGAACGAAGUGCUUGUAAACUCAGAUGCAAUAGAAAUGUCACGAGAGACAAGCGCAAUCCCAGGAUUUGGCAUCCUUACUGAUCAAAUAAAUUGGCAUGUUAUUCGACUGUCACAGGAGCACGGUAUCCUGGGAGUACUGGCAGAAAGGGAUGUCGCCAAUGAGGAGGAUAUUGGCUCGGAAGUAUUUCCACCUAGCGGCGCCGGUGAUAAUGGCGCUCUUGUUGCUCAGUCUUUCCGACAAAGUUGUAGAUCUGAUGAAGUCCCGAAGAAUGAGUAA